AUGAAUAUUUUCAGGCUAACCGGCGACCUGUCCCACCUAGCAGCUAUCAUCAUCCUGCUGCUAAAAAUAUGGAAAACCCGCUCCUGUGCCGGAAUCUCCGGAAAGAGUCAGGUCCUGUUUGCGUUGGUUUUCACCACUCGCUACUUGGACCUGCUUACAUCCUUCAUCUCCCUGUACAACACAACCAUGAAGAUCAUUUACAUCGGAUGCGCAUAUGCCACUGUGUACCUCAUCUACCUGAAGUUUAAAGCGACUUACGACGGAAACCACGAUACGUUCCGGGUGGAGUUUCUCGUCAUCCCCGUCGGUGGACUCGCGUUUUUGGUCAAUCACGACUUCUCGCCCUUGGAGAUCCUGUGGACGUUCUCUAUUUACUUGGAGUCGGUGGCCAUCCUGCCACAGCUCUUCAUGAUCAGCAAGACUGGCGAGGCGGAGACCAUCACCACGCACUACUUGUUCUUCUUGGGGCUCUACAGAGCAUUGUACCUUAUCAACUGGAUAUGGAGGUUCUACUUUGAAGGGUUCUUCGACAUGAUUGCCAUUGUCGCAGGGGUGGUGCAAACCAUCCUCUACUGCGAUUUCUUCUACUUGUAUGUAACAAAAGUUCUCAAAGGAAAGAAGCUGAGUUUGCCUGCUUAA